AUGGCCUCCACAUCUCACAAAAAGUAUCAUGUGGAUGAUUUCAAUUCAAAAAUGUUUCUUGAUGUUUAUUUUUCACAGGGUGCUCAGCAGUCAAUGCAAGAAGUUGCAGUAAUAUAUCCUAUAAUACAGCUUCACAAGGCAGUGACCUCAGGACGCAUUAAAGGAGACACAUUGACUGAUAUCACUUUAGGACCCCUUAUUCACCUCCUGUAUACAGUGUGUGACAUUUUCAAAGAGAUCAAUAUUUUAAAAUUCAAUGAUGAAUGUAUCAAGGAAUUGAAGAAAUGGUUGGACACACAUACAGAAUGUUUUGACUGGUCUCAUACAUCGAAGUAUAUCACAGAAUUAUAUGGAGGAAGCUCUCAAAUUCAGGAGAAGGAAGAAGAGUUAAAAAGCAAAAUAUGGUACAUUGUAAAAUGUAAUAUUGAAAAAGAAAAUAUUACAGAUCCCGUGGUUCUACCAAAAUCUGACUGUCUAUUGAGUGCAGCUGUGUUGGAAGUGAUUAGUGAAGAUCAGGAAGCGUUUCGCAAAAACUUUAAAAAAAUGGUAUCUUUGCUCAAACCUGGCGGACAGCUUUUGUUAUUUACAGUACUAGAAGCAACUUUCUACCAUGUCGGGGAACAUAAGUUUAGUUUCUUAAAAUGUGAUGAGACAUUUGUCAGAAGUGUUCUAUGUGAACAAGGUUUUCUUAUUGAGUUUGUUGACUUGUUCAAAAAACCCUCUGACUCACAUCUCAUAGAUUUUAAUGACAUCAUGUUCAUCAUAGCAUGCAAACCCAUGGAUACAUAA